ACUGCCGUCUGGUCACACCUGUACUGUCAAUAAACCAAUUGUUUGCGUGUUCAACGCGGAUUUCAACCGUAAUUGCCGGCACACAUUGGCUGACUUAAGUCCAAGGGUUAGGAUAGUAUAACUAGAACGGGACACGAUGCAUCACGCAAUACUUCUCGCAGGACUUUCGUUGGUGGUCAGCAUUCCCAGCGGUGCCGCCACGGAAUCCAACGUGGUCACUUGUGGCUCCAUCCUGAAGCUCCUUAACUCGGACUACUCCUUCCGCCUGCACUCCCACGACGUGAAGUACGGAUCCGGAUCCGGGCAGCAGUCGGUGACGGGCGUGGAGCAGAAGGAGGACGUGAACAGCCAUUGGGUGAUAAAGGCGCAAACCGGCGAGCUGUGCGAAAGGGGCGAGCCCAUCUCCUGCGGAUCCACCGUGCGGCUGGAGCACCUGUCCACUAAGAAGAACCUGCACUCGCACCACUUUUCUUCGCCGCUUUCUGGGGAGCAGGAGGUGUCCGCCUACGGAACGGACGGACUCGGGGACACCGGCGACCAUUGGGAGGUGGUGUGCUCCAACGAGAACUGGAUGCGGAGCGCCCACGUGCGACUGCGCCACAUUGACACCGGCAUGUACCUAGGCAUGUCCGGCCGCUCUUACGGCAGACCAAUCUCCGGCCAAAUGGAAAUCGUUGGCGUCCACAAACCGCAGCACGGAACACGCUGGACCACGGCGGAGGGACUCUUUAUCGUGACCAAGGAAAAAAGCUCAACGCACGAGGAGUACGCCCACUCGGAGCUGUAGUGCGCUUACGGGUCUUGACUGCUGCAGCUUCGUACUACUAUUAGUUCUGUAAUUUAUAACUAAGUUGAAUUCUAAUUGAGGACCCAAACAGCAAACCAUCAAAUUAAAAUUAUUUAAACUCAGGGUA